AUGACGCCGCCCCGCCGUUGCAGCUGCAGCUGCCACAGCAGCAGCAGCAGCAGCAGCAGCAGCAGCAGCAGCAGCAGCAGCAGCAGGGAGGUGACUGUGGGGGGCUUCAAAGGCCUCUCUGCUUCUCUCUGGCCUCUUUGCCCAGAUCUGCGUCUCGACCUUUUCUUCUUCGACGAAGUCCAGAAUGCGCAGCAGCUGAUGGAGCUGCUCGUGCUGCCCCCGAAGCAGCAGCAGCAGCAGCAGCAGCAGCAGCAGCAGCAGCAGCAACAGCAGCAGCAGAGCACGCCUGAAGCAGCGCACAGCGGCAGCAGCGGCACAAGCCAAAGCGCCUCCACCGGCGCCGCCCCCAGCAGCAACAACAGCAGCAGCAGCAACAGCAACAGCAGCAGCAGCAACAGCAGCAGCAGCAGCAGCAGCAGCAGCGUGGCUGGCGCUGCAGUGCAGAGUUUGCUGGCGGGCUCGCCAGCAGCAACAGUGGCCCCGAGAGUGUGGGGCUGCUGCUGCGUGUGGGGCUUUUUGCUGCUGAAUGCAUGCGCUGUGGUGUCAGUGGAGCAGCUGCAGGUGAGUUUGCUGCGGUGUAUGUACACCGCGGCUCGCUGCAGCAGCAAAACCAAAAGCUUCUUCACGGAGUGUCUCCUCGCCCUUUCCGGCGGCAGCAGCAUCGCAGCAGCAAUUCAAAAAGUGGGCCUUCAGAGCAGCACGCAGCAGCUGCUGCUGCUCUCCUUCACUGACACCAGGGCGCUGCUUUGCUGCUGCUGCAGCAGCAGCAGCAGCAGCAGCGGCAGCAGCAGCAGCAGCAGCAGCAGGUGGAGGCCACUUGUGCCCCUCAACGCGGGCUGCGCGCUCUUCUCCCAGGGAGAGGGCAGGAGGAUCAUCGACCAGCUGCAGCCAGCAGCAGCAGCAGCAGCAGCAGCAGGGGACGCAGCAGCAGCAGCAGCAGCAGCAGCAGACGAAGAGAAGAGGCAGCAGCUGCUGCUGCUCGUGUUGCAGCAGAUCCAGGGGAGGAACGUAGCCCUCGCCAGCGUUCCCCCACACGGCAGCCUAGUCCCUCUGCAGCAGCAGCAGCAGCAACAGCAGCAGCAGCAACAGCAGCAGCAGCAACAGCAGCAGCAGCAACAGCAGCAGCAGCAGCUGUUUGGCAUCAGUAGUGCAGAAGCAGAGCUGCCAGGAGGAAUCCAUGCUGCGGUCCUCUCAAGAGUUGCUGCGCGGCACAUUUAG